AUGGCAGGUUCCCCGCGCCAGCUUGUUAACAUGCCUGAGGAGUAUGAAGAUGGUGUCCUAGACUAUGGAUUCGACGGCGGAAACGUUGUGCCUUGGGGCCCUCCUGAGCGUGGCGAUACUCCAGACGAACCGAAAAAUGAGUCUGAGGACGGUUUUGACGAUUCUGACGAUUCUGUCUUCGACUCAGAUGGUGGAAAUGUUGAACCUCAUGGAGCCCUGUCCGAGCGUUCUGUGCCUGAAUAUCCCGACUACAACCCUCCCACCAUCCGAACUGCAACCAACCAGCCCCUUACUGCGCUCCAAUCCUUGCAGCUGGAAAUGGUUAUGUACGACGCCUACUACGCAGUCGAGCCUGACUCAGAGUGGAUGCCCACCACCAACUACGACCCUUCCGCCAUCCGAACCGCAACCAACCAACCGCUUACCGCGCUUCAGUCCCUGCAGCUGGAACAGGUUAUGUACGACGCCUACUACGCAGUCAAGCCUGACUUAGAGUGGGUGCCCACCACCAAGUACGAAGCAACGACGACGACGACCUUCCAAGGAGAUCACCAAUCCCACAUCGCAUCGUUCCCCUUCUUCAACUUACCUCUCGAGCUCAGGCAGAACGUCUACGGCUGGAUCCACCUCAUGAAUCCAAUCAAGCUACGGCAAUUAACGCCGCGACUUGUCACGAGCUACCAGCACUGUACGAAAUACUUCACGCCCUGGUAUAGUCCAAAAGCCCUUGAGGUCCCCGGCGCCGUGCCUGGUAUCAUCGCCAACACGCCGGAAGGUGCAGCGUCAUCACCAUCAUACCUCCUCUCCUCCGACCGUCCCUUCGCCGGGCUUCCCACGGCACUGCUUCAGGCCAACAGGCAGACGUACUUGGAGUGCCGAGCGCUGCCCUUCGAGGCGAACGAGUUUCUGUUCUGCAUCUGGAAAUCCUCGGGCCUGUUCGCUGCGGGGUCAUUCCUCAAGGACCUGCGUCCGUGGCAGAGAGAAGCUAUGCGCUUUGCGCGCCUGGAGCUACUGACUAGCGACUUGACGGGGGGUGAUGCGCAAUGGAACGAGCUGUGCGAGGACUGGGGUCUGGGCCUGGUUGAGUUGCGACUCAAAAUCUCUCACAGUCAACGCCUGGCCGGAACAAGACCCCUUCCGUGGAUCAAGAACGCGAAGGGAGUCACUCAGCCUUGCAUCGAAGACGGUCUGAAACUGAUGAAAAGGCUUCGAUAUCUUGAGGUCGAGAGGGAGUACAAGCACCGCGACCACAAGAAGCAACUGGAGUGGUGCAAAAACCUGAGUGAAGCACUGAGCGAGGACAAGACAGAUGCGGACUGGCGCGUGGAAGUUACCUAUGUCGAAUCGACAGAAGCUUGA